GGAGGAGACAGGAGAUCUGAUUAACAGCAGAGAGAGACCAGACUCUCAAUCUGACAGCAGAAAGAGUCCUUCAGGGGAACCAGACACUGAGAUGCCCAAGCCAGCGAUGCGACACCACUGCUCCCAGUGUAACAUGAGUUUUAAGUGGUUAUGGAAGCUGAAAGAGCAUGAAAGGAAACACACAGGAGAAAAGCCCUUCCAAUGCUCCCAGUGUGGAAAUAAAUUCUCACGAGCACAUGACCUGAAAUCACAUGAGAGGACACACACAGGGGAAAAACCACACAAUUGCUCACAGUGUGGAAAGCUUUUUUCCCAUUUAGGGAACCUGAACAAACAUAUGAGAAUACACUCUGGAGAGAAGCCUUACCCCUGUUCCCAUUGUGGAAAGAAUUUUAGGUCUUCAGAUAACCUGAAAGCGCAUGAAAGGACACACACAGGGGAGAAACCUUACCAUUGCUCUCUUUGUGGAAAGGAUUUUACCAAGUUGAGGAACCUAAAAGAGCAUGAGAGGAAACACACAGGUGAAAAGCCUUACGAAUGCUCCCAGUGUGGUAAGAGGUUUUCCCAUAUAGGGAACCUGAACAAACAUAAGAGAAUACACUCUGGAGAGAAGCCUUACCCCUGUUCCCAUUGUGGAAAGAAUUUUAGGUCUUCAGAUAACCUGAAAGCGCAUGAAAGGACACACACAGGGGAGAAACCAUACCAUUGUGCUCUGUGUGGAAAGGAUUUUACCAAGUUAGGGAACCUAAAAGAGCAUGAGAGGAAACACACAGGAGAAAAGCCUUACCACUGCUCCCAGUGUGGAGAGAGAUUUUCAAGAUCACCAAACCUUAAAAAGCAUCAGAGGACACACACAGGAGAAAAGCCUUACCACUGCUCCAAUUGCGGAAAGAUAUUUUCAACAUCAUCGGACCUAAAAAAGCACCAGAGGGGACACACAAGGGAGAAAUCUUACCAUUGCUCUCAAUGUGGAAAUAGUUUUUUACGAUCACAUGACCUAAAAUCGCAUGAGCUGACACACACAGGAGAAAAACCACAUAGUUGCUCCCAGUGUGGAAAGUGUUUUUUGUAUUUAGGGAACCUGAACAAACAUAAGAAAAUACACUCUGGAGAGAAGCCUUACCCCUGUUCCCAUUGUGGAAAAUUCUUCAGGUCGUUAGAUAACAUGAAGGAGCAUGAGAGGACACACACAGGGGAGAAGCUUUACCAUUGCGCCCUGUGUGGAAAGAGAUAUUCACGAUCACAUGACCUAAAAUUACAUAAAAGGAAACACACAGGGGAAGAAAACACACAAUUACACACACAGGGGAUAAAUCACACAAUUGGUCCCAGUGAGGAAAGAAUUUUACGCAGUUAGAGAACCUCUUCUCAUUGUGGAACUAUAUUUUCCUGGUCACAUUACCUAAAUUCACAUCAAAUCAAACCAAGCGAUAUUUAUUCAGCACAUUUCAGACAUGGAAUGGAACACAAUGAGCUUCACGGGAAAAAAACGAUGAAAACAAAAACUGAAACGUUUACUACACACAACAAACAUAAGAGGAUAAAAAACUAAAGAUUGACUGGUCUUGGUCAGUACCCGUACUGCAACAUUCUGUAUGUUUUACAGUUGACCAAAGGCU